UUCACUAUAACUAUUCCUUUUUUAGACAUAUGAUGUUCUUUUCUUCAUAUUUUGGAUGUGGCUUUGACAUUGCAGCAAGUGCUUCUACAUUAGUGUAUUAUGUAUUUAUUGUUAUGCUUGUCCUUCGUGAUAUCUUCUUCUUUUAUUCAUUUCUCUUUUGAUAUUUGUUUCAUACAUAGUGUGUAAUACUUAAAUUCCUUUUCAUAGCAGGAAAAUGAAAACUCAAGAAGUCACUUCCAAAAGCAAAAAGGCACAAUUUCUAGCACCCAGGUCAUUAAUUAGGAAGCGACUUCAAGCAAUUGCAGAAAAUUCAUUAAGAAGGGAACAACUCCGUACUUGUCAUGACAUGAACUUGAAUAUUCAAAAUCCAACACAAUAUCAAAAUAUGGAUGCAAAUUUUAGCGCUGAUUCAGAAAACUUUGAAGAGGAGAAUUUUGCACAAAAUCGCAGGAGAAGUGCAAAUACUAACAAUGAAGAGAAUGAUGAUUCUGCAGAAUCAAAUAAUCAUCGAGUGCAAAGUGAUGAUGUAAUACUAAAUGAAUCUCGACAAGAAGCUGAUAAUUCUCAAAGGAAGAAAAAUCCACCUCGUGGUAGUAAUAAGUGUCUAAAGUUGAAUAAUUUGUCACAUGGGGAGAAAAAAAUCAUUACUUUUUAUCAGAAUAGAGCUAUUGAACCAGAAUUUUCACGAUAUCUUGGAAUUAUUAUUCGAGAUAGAAAUAUUUGCCCAGUAGCUGUUGAGAAUUGGGCCAAAAUACCACAACAAAAUAAAGAUCAUAUGUGGGCAUCCAUUAAGGUACAUUGAAAAUUA